GUAUUACUCUUACUUCUAGAACGGGUAAGGCUCCUCCAACCCUGACUUAAGCCUUCACGUUUUGCGACGAAGAAAAUGCUUUGUCCGUGUCGACUGUCGACCCGAGCCUUGUCUGUCCAACUCUUUUCACUCACUUAGUCGCUCCUUCUAUAGAAUGUUCUAUACCCGCAGACCGCCAACUCUAUCUAUAAAUGAGUUGAACCAUAUUCUCAGCGAGUCUCUGGACCUGGAAAGAUUUGAAUCGUUGAUGUUCCCGAGGCUAUCCUUGACGACCCACUCCUUUCGAUCCCGGAAAAACCAAAAACCUCAACAUUCCACCGCUUGUUCUUUCGCUCAUCAUCACAUCUGUCACUCGUUCCACGUUCGCCCACGAAACAGGUAGACGAGCCUGUCACACCGAGCCCUCGCAAGAUGACAUUUACUUGGCGCUUAUCGCGUUCAUCGCCCCACAGGUCUCGCCGAGCUGAGGAUCAUGCGGUGGAAGACAUUGCACGUGUCCCAUCGAAUCGUUCUCGCUCGUCGUCUAUCUGCAGUGUCACUUCUGCCGUUUUAUCACCUUCGAGAACACUGACCAGCGUGUCUUCGACCUCAAGUCUCGGUUCAGUGAUACCUACGUCUGAACGUUUCUCCAAGCAUCUCGCGGAAGUUGUAUGUACGGAAACAGGAAAGAGUCAUGCGGCCUUCAGUACAAGGAGAUCCCCCUCACCAUCUCCAGUUGGCACUCGGCUUUCCCCAAUGCAAAUGGUUCACUUUCCACCCACACCCCGUUCACCGUUGCAGCUCUUGUUUGGUAACAAAUCAUCAUCGAGUAACACAUGCAAAGGGGCAAUGACGAGUGUAGAUGUGAUGGAAAAGUGGUCGGGCGCCUCAGCAACCGAAUGCAAUGUCAUCGAGUCUAGCACACCUCGAGCGACUGAAUUUGCCAUUUCAUCGCAUAGACGUAGUGACAGUACUGUCCAGGCCAAAACAAGACGACGACCCUCAGCAUUGACACUGGUUCUUCCUCAAGAGAUUGCAUCCCUCUGUCUUCAACCAGCGAUCGGAGUAUCACCUUAUGUACCUUCUGAUACUGAAGGUUCCCUCUCCGCGUGCUCCCUCUCAUCUCCUACUACAUCCAUACCCACAUCAUGCCAGCCUUCGUCACACGUUCCUUCAGCCUCAUCUAAUACACUUGCAUCGUCUAUUUCAACAACCUCUUCUUUUCCCUGGUCUCGUGCACGGGCUAGCUCCCGUUCCAUGCUGACACCCCCAUUACCGGGACCUCCACCAUGUAGCCCCCUUCCUCCAUUACCCCCUUUAACGGCACAAAAAUCGGACGUUAUCACGCCUCCGAACGCCCCAGUCCCUCUUCCAACAAUCAAUCCGACUCCUUCAAAAUGUGCUCGUACUCCUGUGCGUCCUAGUUCGCCUUCGGGCACAGUUGCGAUCCCUCCUUCUCCUGGAAGUCUGCGACUUCCUUCUCGUUUAAGCUGGGGUGCUACAGGACGCACCGUGGUCCCUCUUCCGUCGAAUCUACCCAGUCCGCCUUCCUCCCCUUCUAAAGUAGGGAGAAAGAGAGAACUUUCUUCGUGUUCCGCCACCAAUAACGGAUUGUCCAAUGCCGCUUCCCCUGUCCUAGGCAAGCGCGCGAGUAUUGGGAUAUUGGAAGCUGCAGGUGAUUUGGAAGCUCAAGUACGGCGCAUGAAAAAGAAGAGCAUACUGGUACUAGGCACUCGGCGUUCAAAGGGGACACUCAGCUGUUCCGAUUCGCCUCCGAAACGCGUGCAGAUCCAUACUGAGGGCCCCGAUACUGCAAGUUCACUAAAGAUAGCAAGGAGGAAGUCGAGUGCUGCUUGCACAAUACCGUUUCUAGCAGUUCCGCGGGAGCGGAGAAGAUCUGCUCCCCUGCUGCGAAGUGGAGCCACAUUGGAGGCUACGCCUAUCCCGCCUGCAUGUGCAGACUGGACAUUGUCGCUGCCUUUCUGCAUCGAUACACCGGGGAGUGGCAUUUGUGUACCAACGCCUCCUUCAGAGGACGGCGCCCUUCAUGAAGCUGAUAAAGCUCUACAAGCAGCACAAGGGGAUGACUGGACCCUUUCCCUUGGUGCAGAUCGUCAGAAUCCCACAAUGGCUAGGGAAGGUGUGGCGAGCCAAAAUCCGCAAGCCAAGGACAGCGCAAAAGAACAAUUAUCUGUGACUGCACAGCUUCCUACGCCGAGCACCACACCUGAGCCUGAGGGUGAUAUUCUAACAUCAUCUCUACCUGCUUUCUACCCGCCCUUCCCCCGGCCAUGUUCUCCCGCGAGCCUCGGUCCUCACGGUGGUGGCCUUGAUCUUGAUGGAGGGUGUGGGAAGCGAGGUUCUGGUUGGGAUGCUUGCGAGUGGUUUGGGUUCAGCAGCAUGGAAGAACCCCAAUCUGAGGAUACAAGACCUAUCUCUAUGCUUCACUCGGAAGCUUCGUGGAUCCGCCGGAGCUGCGACACUAAUGCUCCCCGGAGGGGUGAUGUUUGUUUUACUCGGAGGGGUCACGAGGAGGGAAUACGUUCCCCGAGCGAGGAUAGCACCAUGUCAGCUUGUUCUGCGGACACCCUUUUUUACAGUGCUCGCACCACUAUAUUUGUCGCAUGAUGGUUUCAUGGGAUGUUCCAAUUGAUGUCUCAUUGACUUUCUCGCGUGUGUCCCUCCCAAAAGUACGUCUCCAUCAUCAAUUUCUCCGCUAAGUCUCCGAACCAUGAACGCCCCAUGGGAUCCAGGCCUUAUGGUUCCCAACCACAUCUAAACCCCCUAGUUGUAUCUCAUUUAUAUGCAUGUCUUGGUCUUGGUGAUAUAUCUCGGGUCCAUACUGUUGUAUCUACUCGCGAACGCUGUGCUGUCAAAUGAUUCGGAAGAGGUGGUAGCCUAUCUUAUAUUUCUUGGAUAAUUAUUUAAAGACGUAGUAUGUCCCUUGAAUAUGAAACCGCAGGGCGUUGUUUUCUACUCA